CUUCACUGCUCCUCAAACCUCCAAAAGCAGAACUGGAGCCAGAGCCUUCAGCUAUACAGCCCCUCUCCUGUGGAACCAUCUUCCAGUCUCGGUCCACGAGGCAGACACUCUCUCUGUGUUGAAGAGGGACUUACCUUCGAAAAGCAGAUCAGCUCAGUUGUGAGGGUGAGUUUUUUUCAACUAAGGCUCCUGAGUAGGGUGAAGCCAUUCCUGUCCCGGGCAGAUUUGGAAAAGGCGGUCCACGCUUUCAUCAGCUCGAGGACUGACUACUGCAAUGCCCUCUACGCUGGACCUAAUCACUCACUCCUCCAUAAACUGCAACUGGUUCAGAACGCAGCAGCACGUCUCAUCUCCAACUCCUCAAAGCACGCACAGAUCACCCCGGCCCUCCGAGCGCUCCACUGGCGUUUCAGAGUCCAGUACAAGAUCCUGCUGAUCCUCUUCAAGGCCAUAAAUGGACAGGCCCCUGCCUACAUCAAAGAGCUGCUGGCUAUUUAUCAACCUGCCAGGACUCUCCGCUCAUCAAACCACAUCUCCUUGGUUGUCCCCAGGGCAAGAUAUAAAAAGUAUGGAGACCGCUCUUUUGCCAUUCACGGCCCUAAGCUCUGGAACUCUCUUCCACCACAGCUGCAGACUAUCUCUGAUCUUAAUGCUUUUAAAUGUCAUCUUAAAAUGCACUUGUACCACCUGGCGUUUAAUGCUUAG